GUUUUGUAAGCCGGAAUGUCUAACGCAGGCGGUUCCUUGGUUCCACCAGACAGGGUGCAUGCUGGGAUAGCAGGCAUUGGAGGUCAGAAAAACGCCAAAAUGUCGGCUGCUGGUCUCACGUCCUUGACUCGCUGUGGUGUUUUGGUGCUUCGCUCUCCUGCGGGAUUGGCGGUGCGUUAUGCACAAACGGCCGCAGCUCCCGCAGCCCAGCCCAGAAUAAAGAAGUUCCAGGUGUACAGAUGGGACCCAGACACUCCAGGAGACAAACCACGCAUGCAGACCUACGAGGUGGACCUCAACGCCUGUGGCCCCAUGGUCCUCGAUGCCCUGAUUAAGAUCAAAAAUGAGAUGGACUCUACUCUGACCUUCCGCCGCUCCUGCAGAGAAGGUAUUUGUGGAUCCUGUGCAAUGAACAUUAAUGGAGGAAACACACUCGCUUGUCUCGAUAAGAUUGAUACCAACCUUAAUAAGCCAACAAAGAUUUACCCUCUGCCACAUAUGUAUGUGGUCAAGGACCUGGUGCCUGACAUGAGCAACUUCUACGCUCAGUACAAGUCUAUCGAACCCUACCUGAAAAAGAAGGAUGAAUCCAGGGAGGGCAAGGAGCAGUACUUGCAGUCUGUGGAGGACAGACAGAAACUGGAUGGACUGUACGAAUGCAUCCUGUGUGCUUGCUGCAGUACGAGCUGCCCUAGUUACUGGUGGAAUGCCGACAAAUACCUUGGGCCUGCUGUGCUGAUGCAGGCGUAUCGGUGGAUGAUUGAUUCACGAGAUGAUUUCACAGAGGAGCGUCUGUCCAAGCUUCAGGAUCCUUUCUCUUUGUAUCGCUGCCACACUAUCAUGAACUGCACCAGGACCUGCCCCAAGGGUCUGAAUCCAGGAAAAGCGAUUGCUGAGAUCAAGAAGAUGAUGGCAACAUACAAAGAGAGGAAGACGGCUACUGUCUGAGUCUUCAGCUGUUGUCUUCUACAUCUCCAACCCUCCUCAAUUAAAUUAUGUGUUGAUUUAAAAAGAUACCUUUUUAAGGUCUGCAGGGGCUGUACACCUACCAGCCCCACCACACACCCCUGGCUCUACUGGAAAUGGUGUGUGUGCAGGUGGAGAGGUUGGUGUUACGCAAACGCACAUGUACAGUGUAAGAAUGUGUGACAAACUUAAACGUGUACCAUAAGAGGUAUUUAUCUCUAGCUCCACUGUGUGCAUGGUGGAAAAAAAAUUAGACGUUUCCUUUUGUGUAAACAUUGUUUAGUCUGUUGCCACCAGAUUAACAGCAGCUUCAGAGACUGUGUAUAUGUUCCGUCAGAUCUUCCAACAAACCAACAGCAGUUUUUGUUUUGAUAAACAAUAAACAGUUAAAAUAUGUA